UAUGAGUGGCAUACAGUAUAAAGCCAGAAAUAGAACUUGUCUCGAUUCAGUGUAGAAGUGCACGUCGUACAGUCAACAUUGAAGAGUAAUUCAAGUGCGAAGAUAAAGAAAGCGGCGAAAGUCUUUUGAAACAAAAUGUUUACGAUUGUGUUUUUAUUGGGAGCGUUAACGCUAUUCUACGUUUGGUUGAAAUGGAAUUAUACGUUUUGGAAGAGGAAUAAGGUUCCGGGGCCAGAACCAACGCUGUUCGUUGGGAAUAUUGGAUCAACAUUUACUUUUUCGGAACAUUGGGGCGUCAUUACGGCAGAUUGGUAUAAAAAAUAUUCGGAACCCUAUAUAGGAUACUACAAGAUGCUUAAACCGACGAUUUUGGCUCGUGAUCCAGAUCUUAUCAAAGACAUUAUGAUCACAAAUUUCAAUAGCUUCCGUGAUAAUGAUUUUGCCUUGAGCAAAAAACACGAUCCAUUAUUUGCAUCGAAUCCAUUUUUUACGCGAGAUGAAGAGUGGCGUGAGGGACGAAAAAUGAUUUUAUCAGCAUUUUCUCAAAGCAAAAUAAAAAGCAUAAUGCCGGUGAUGAAUGGUGUCGGAGAUGAUUUUGUCAAGUACAUCAAAUCAUUCCCAACUAAUACCGAUUUCAACGCGAAAGACAUUUCAGUUCGAUUCACAACGGAAAAUGUGAUCAAGUGUACAUUUAGCAUAGAUCCGGGAUGUUUUAACAAGGAACAGGAGUCAGAGUUUUUGGAAGCUGGAAAAAGACUAUUUGCGCCAUCCUUUAUGGCGGCACUGAAAUUUUUGUCUAUACCGCUUUUGCCACAAUGGGCAUUGGAUCUUAUUCCAGUACCUUUUCUACCAGCUUCCAUAGAUCAUUUGUUCCGAACUUUAGUUGGCACAAAUAAAGCGUCUCGAUCGAAAGAUUUCCAAAGUCAUGACAUCCUCCAAAUUCUGCUUCAGUUGCAAGCCAAACAUAAUUUUGAUGAUACUUCUUUGGCUGGACAUACACUUUCGUUGUUUAUUGAUGGUACAGAGACUUCCAGCACUGCAUUGUCGUAUGCAUUGUAUGAAUUGGCUUUGAAUCCGGCUUGUCAACAGAAGGCUUUAGAUGAAAUCACACAAGUUAUAUCGAAACAUGACGGUAAAUUAACAGCUGAGGGUCUUCAAGAGAUGAUUUACGUCGAAGGUAUAUUACAUGAAGGAAUGCGCAUGCAUCCACCCUUGAUUGUGUUGGCUAAGACAUGUACUAAACCGUAUACACUGCCCAAAACCAGUGGUCAAUUAGAGCCGAUCACCAUCAGUCCGGGAAUGGGUGUUAGUAUAAACGUGUGGGGGAUUCAUAUGGAUCCAAAGUAUUAUUCAGAUCCAGAAUCGUUCAACCCGUCAAGAUUUAAUGAGGAGGAGCAACGUAAUCGUCACAAAGGCACAUAUUUAGGUUUUGGCGAGGGGCCACGCAUUUGUUUAGGUCAACGCUUUGCCAUUGCUCAAAUAAAAGUUGCUUUGGCCUAUACCAUUCAGAAUUUCCACAUCAAAUUAUCGCCAAAUCACAAGCCAAUUGUUAUCGAUCCACAAACAUUUUUGUCGUAUCCGAGGGACGGAAUUCUAGUCCGACUGGAAGCUCGUUGAAAUGUGUACCAAAUAAUCAAAUCAUUCGAAAGGUGUCAUUUAAAACAGCAACCAUAGUUUAGAUUGAUUUAUUUACUGUUCCAUAAAUUUGCUGAUUAACGCAACAUUUGAGAUUCGUUGUAAAAGUCUUAAUUGAAAUAAAUUGAGCUGUGUUCAUAUCCACGUGCAGUAUCGUGGAGCACUAUAAAUUGUGACCUUGCCCGUGGUUUGAAAACUAACGCUCAAGUCAAUUGACAUCAAUUCAGACAAUGUUUUUUAAAUAUACGAUUAUGGAUGAAGAUUAUUAAUUUACUUUGUGAUGUUUCGUCGUUUCGUUUUGCAAGAAAAUCUCACGUAGUUCUAUGUGAAAUAAUUUUGACCGACAAUAACAAAUGACAUUUUGAUAUUAUUGGUUUUCAUAUACGAAUUUUUCUUCAAAAUAAACGAAAUUAAUUUCAAACACAAUUUGACUCAAA